GUACAUUCAGUGGAUGCCAGAAGCCAUCUAGUGUGAACAGAGUGCGGACACUGAGUGCUCUGUGUUUGGAAACAGUCUGGGGAAACAAAAAAAAAAAAAACUACUAGCUUUUUUUUUCUUAUUUGUCAAAGCCUGAGAAAAACGCACGAACACAAACAAUCUUUAGCAUUACAUAAACAAAUUUCCAAUCGUAGAAUUCUAAAUGGUUUCCAAAUUUCUGUAAAUUACACCAAACGCAAGCAAAUGUGUUGAACAAAGGAUAAAAAGGCAAACAGCUGAACAGCCGAAGAGUCAUCAAGAGGCGUCCAGUGCCGGGAGCAGCGAAAGAUUUGACGAUCCAACGAUCCACAGAUCCGUGCAUUGUCUGGGCAUAUUCCAUUGCGUUGGCCAGAGAGAUUUGGAGCACCAGACUAAUCAUUAAAACAUCACGGCGGGGCUGCGCAAGUAGUUGGACGCACGGACGGCGAUUGGAAUUCAUCUGAAUCACAUUGGUGCAUUGUUGGUGUUGUCUGGCCUGUAAUCUGCUGCUGGGACGCGCCUCACGCGACUCCCACGCAACGCUCCUCAAGAUGACCUACCGGGGCAUGCUGAACACCACCGAUGCGGCAGACAUACGCGGCCUAGAACAGGACUCUGAUUCAUUCGAUUCGAUAUUGGUCCAUCAGCACGAUAUGCAGCGUGCCAUGGCCACCAUUCAAAUUCAAAAGCACGGUCACGCCCAUCGGCCGAAAGUGGUUCCCUCCAAGCAAACCGAUCUAGGUGCGGUGCUGGCCAAACCAGUCAACAUCCAUCGUUUUCAUUCCCUAGCCAAGUGCGAUUGCGAUCUCACUGAUUCACCGGAUGAGCCCAAAGUCGAUGGCGAUGUUGAGCUAAGUAACGAAAUUUCUGCACCGUAUGAAGUACCACAGUUUCCCAUUGAACAAAUCGAAAAGAAGUUACAAAUACAACGACAGCUGAACGAGAAGCAAUCAGGCACCUCACGUGGCAUCGUUGUUGGCCAUUUAGUCCAGCACUCACCAUCUAGCUCCGAGGAUCAACUGUCGGUUGGCGGGGAGCCAACUAGGAACGAUGCCGACAUUAAUUUUCAGCGUGUGUCCAUCUCGGGCGAAGAUACCAGUGGUGUGCCGCUGGAGGAUUUGGAACGUGCUUCCACAUUGCUUAUCGAAGCACUGCGUCUACGCUCCCACUACAUGGCCAUGUCGGAUCAAUCGUUUCCGGCGACUACGGCUCGUUUUCUGAAGACAGUGCGUCUCAAGGAUCGUCUGGACACCUCAACUGGCAAAUCGGUUUCGGACAUAAUUCGCAAUAUGAGUGUGACGAGCCUACAAGCAGACAUGCAAGCAAGACAAUCACUGGCAAUGGUCGUCGAUCCAUGGGAUGUGGAGUUUCCGCCGGAUGAGAAUUAUAUUAUUAAGCCCAAGAAUGGUGUGUUCCACAUCUACAAGGAUGAGACACUUAAGGAUGAACUGUCCUUCCAGUAUCCAGAUCUGAGUCAAUUCGUCAACGAUAUGCAUGUCAUGUGCAACAUGAUCGCCGAUGGCCCACUAAAAUCGUUUUGCUAUCGCCGUCUCUGCUAUUUGUCAUCCAAGUACCAGAUGCAUGUGCUGCUCAAUGAGUUGCGAGAGCUGGCUGCUCAGAAGGCGGUGCCACAUCGUGAUUUCUACAAUACUAGGAAAGUGGACACCCACAUACACGCCGCCUCGUGCAUGAACCAGAAGCACCUGUUGCGUUUUAUCAAGAAGGCGCUGAAGAAUAAUGCCAACGAGGUGGUUACCCUCACGAACGGGCAACCCAUGACCCUGGCACAGGUUUUUCAAUCCAUGAAUCUGACCACAUACGAUCUGACUGUGGAUAUGCUGGACGUGCAUGCCGAUCGCAAUACGUUCCAUCGUUUCGACAAGUUCAAUUCCAAAUAUAAUCCCAUUGGAGAGUCGCGACUCCGCGAGGUCUUUUUAAAGACCGAUAACUAUUUGAAUGGCAAAUACUUUGCACAAAUUAUUAAGGAAGUGGCAUUCGAUCUCGAGGAAUCCAAGUAUCAAAAUGCUGAGCUUCGUCUCUCCAUCUAUGGCAAGUCGCCCGAUGAGUGGAACAAACUGGCCAAGUGGGCAAUUGACAACGAUGUGUAUUCUUCCAACAUACGCUGGCUAAUACAGAUACCACGUCUCUACGACAUCUUCAAGUCAAACAAAAUGAUGGAAUCAUUCCAGGAAAUAAUCAAUAACAUUUUCUUGCCACUAUUCCAAGCGACAAAUAAGCCCAGCGAACAUCCCAACUUGCAUCGCUUUUUGCAGUAUGUGAUCGGUUUCGAUUCUGUGGAUGAUGAGUCCAAGCCGGAGAAUCCUCUGUUCGAUAACGAUGUACCACGACCCGAAGACUGGACCUACGAGGAGAAUCCCCCAUAUGCAUAUUAUAUCUACUAUAUGUAUGCCAACAUGACGGUGCUAAAUAAGUUCAGGCAAAAUCGUGGCAUGAACACCUUUGUACUGCGGCCCCAUUGCGGCGAGGCUGGUCCCGUUCAGCAUCUGGUGUGUGGCUAUCUAAUGGCCGAAAACAUCUCUCACGGUCUGUUGCUGCGCAAAGUGCCAGUACUGCAGUAUCUGUAUUAUUUGACACAGAUUGGAAUUGCGAUGUCGCCGCUCUCGAACAACUCUCUAUUCUUGAACUAUCAUCGUAAUCCAUUGCCAGAGUAUCUGGCACGUGGUCUCAUCAUUUCCCUCUCCACAGAUGAUCCUCUGCAGUUUCAUUUCACCAAAGAACCGCUUAUGGAGGAAUACAGCAUUGCGGCUCAGGUGUGGAAGCUCAGCUCAUGCGACAUGUGCGAGCUGGCCAGAAAUAGUGUCCUCAUGAGUGGCUUCCCACAUUUCAUAAAACAGCAAUGGCUGGGACCCAAUUACUUCGUCGACGGUAUCAAUGGCAACGAUAUAACACGGACAAAUGUGCCAGAAAUUCGCGUUGCCUAUCGCUACGAAACCUUGCUGGACGAGCUAUCCAACAUCUUUAAGGUAAACCAAAAGUGCGGGUCAACUACUAGCAUCCAUGAUAAAAAGUAGAACUCUAUGUUGUCCCUUCGACAACAUACAAACAUACACACUAACAUGUUUACAUUACAUAUUUACUACUAAUGUAUAAUUGUUUCUAUACUAACCUAAGCUUAAGAAAUAAUGCGAGGCAAGAAUGUAAAAGUGGGAAGACCAAACAAACUUCUAUACAGGGCGCAGUGGCCGGCGGCAGCAACAUGCAGCAUGUAGAGAAGUUAAUCUGGGACUUUAAGGAGCAUAUCAUGUAUCCAUCUAACCAUAAAAUCUUUCGUCUAUGCUGUAUUGUCAAUGUUGCUGCUGGUUUCUAAAAGAAUAAGAUACAACAAAUUAUACCUAUUAUUAUACUAUACAACAAUUGUAUAUCCAUAUACCAAUUUCAAGUGGAAAAUAAAGCAAAUUAUACAUCUAU